CAGCUAUUUAGUAAACUUUUCCAAAUCAUUAAUGAAGCUGAUCCAAAAAUACCAAGAUUAGAUACAUAUAAAACAGAUCAAAGAGUGAAAAACAUCAGGUUUGAUGAAGAAACUGAUUUGGUCUUCACAAAAGAAUACCUUCAAGGCUUCCUAGAUGUCAAACCUGAAGAAGUUGAAGCUUUACAAAAAUCACAUUCACAAGUUGUUGCUAAUUUCCCUAAACACGCUAAUCAACUAUAUAAAGGCGAGGGGAUAGUUUAUGUUGGUGGUGGUAAGUUUAACUGGUUAUCAUUAAUGUCAAUAAGAACUCUAAGAAACAUUGGAUCAACAUUACCUGUUGAAGUUCUCAUUCCUACAAACGAAGAUUAUGAACAAGAAUUAUGUGAAAUUGUACUACCGUCAAUGAAUGCCAAAUGUUUGCUCUUGCCUGAUGUCCUUGGAGAAGAGACUAUGAAUAAAUUUGAAAUUGGUGGAUUCCAAUACAAGGCAUUGGCUAUAUUAGUUUCAAGUUUCGAGACAGUAUUGUUACUAGAUGCUGAUAACAUUCCUGCAUAUAUACCAGAUCAUAUAUUCCAUCAAGAUCCAUUAAAAUCAAAAGGUUUAGUGAUUUGGCCAGAUUUUUGGAGAAGAGCAACUUCAUUAGAUUAUUACAAGAUUGCUAAUAUAACUGUUGAUGAAAACACCAGAGUCAUGAAUGGCGUUACAGAAAAGGAGAAACUUCAAACUGAUAUCCCUUUCCAUCAUUUCAAAGGUGCAAUCCCAGAUCCAACUAGUGAAUCUGGCCAAGUGUUGAUAAAUAAAACUAUGCAUUUGGAUACAAUGUUUCUUUCGCUCUAUUAUAACAUCUAUGGUCCACUAUAUUAUUAUCCAUUAUUAUCACAAGGUGGGUUAGGUCAAGGUGAUAAAGAAACUUUCUUGUCUGCAGCAGUUGCCUCAAACAAACCUUUUUAUCAAAUGCAUGAAAAUUUGGUUGCCUUGGGGAGACAUGAUGAUGAAGGUAAUUUCCAUGGUGUUGGUAUGGGACAAUUUGAUCCUGUUCAAGAUUUUAAUAAACAUGAAACUGGACAAGAUGAUGGAACUGAUCCAAGAAUUUUGUUCAUUCAUGCGAAUUUCCCUAAAUUGGAUCCAGUCAAGUUGGAGAAUGAGAAAACCAUGUUUGAUAAUGAUAAAAGAGUUAGAAUGUAUGGACCAAAUAUGGCAUCAAGAAUAGGUUAUGAUUUUGAAAUGUUCCAAUGGAAUAAUAUGCAUUACUUAUUAUGUGAGUCUCAUUUAAAUUUGAAAUUAUUUGAAAAGGAAAAUAUUACACAAGUUUGUGCAAAUAUUCAAGUGCAUCAAGAUUUUUUGAAAAGUACA